UAGUGUAGUUACGUCAAACUUUUGUUUGCCUAUCAUAGCCUAAACUAAACAUCAACCUUCUUUGCCUAAUACGUCUAAAUUAUAAAGACAGCCGGCAAGUAUGGUGCUAUUUGUACGGAUGUCUGCUGCUCCGGCAACUGUCCGGCAUUUUUUGGCCAGGACAAGACUUCUGGUACCAAAGGAUGGAAGCCGUCGAUUGACUUGUCUUAGCGCCGCUAACGACAGCGGUAAGUUGCAGGACCCCUUCUGCCCACCUGAGCUACAGCAGCAUGGGACGUCUGCCAAAAGCUUGAAGUACUGGAACGGUCUACAGUGCCAGACACGAGGCUUGUUUGGUCAGUGCCGGACAGGAGGUCUCGCAGUUUUAAAACAAGCGCUGAAGCCUGGCGUGUCCAACACAUGCUGGGUACCAUCGGCUGGCUACUGCGACUCGUCUGUUUUUUACAACCCCCCACAAGACGAGACUGGGCUUACCUACAUCAACGACCUGAGCCCCGAAGACGAGGCUAUAGUACAAGCCAUAGCCUACCAGGAACUCAAGAGUCUGCUAGACAGGCUUCAAAUACCGUACACCAAAAGUGGCGAACCUUCUAGAAAGUUCAACAAAGUGUUUGGCUCCUCUCUAUGUAGCCAUGUGGAACACGAUCAUAAAGUAAAUCAUUUCAUCGGCGAAUUCAAGUGUCCGGCCUUCUAUUUUAGGAUGUGCAAGUAUCUGAAUUCCUCCAUGGCAGGUGAAGUCUUUACUCACCACAAGAUAGAUACCACGGCAUUUCGAGAUGACGCCAACAAAAAUUACUACUCAAAAGGAGUCAACCUGGAGCAGUACGGCCCCAAAGUGGUCGGUGCCGGUCUCAGGCGGUUCCUCAGGGAACUCAGGGAACCGUUGCUGAGCGUUGACCAGCUGAAAGACUUCCCGCCAUUGGCAAGCUUACAGAACAUUUAUAGGCUCCAGAUUUUAAAUUACAUGUACCUCAUUAUGCGCAAGGAACACAGAGAUACACUACAGGCGCUGGUGUACGUGUGUAGCCGCGAGUCUGAGAUAUGUGGUAACAGAGACCCCGAAGAGCAGGCCGCUGUCCUGUAUCCGGACAUCAUCCGCACUCCGGACAGCAAGGACGCCGGCAAACAAAAGUUCUGGGCCGAACAGAAUCAGCUCAUCACACGGAUCUACAUCGAUUAUAGCGAGAAGUUGUGGACGGUCUCCCCAAACCUGAUCAACCAAGUCAGACAUCUCUACAACACUGGGAAAGCUAAAGUCAAACCAAGCAAGCCUUUUCCCUGGGCUAAGAAAGAAAAGUUUGACGGCGAAAUGGCUUUGAAAGAUUCCAACGUGCGCCAUCUGAAGAGCGUGGGGAUUACAGUACAAGCCCAACACCUGGAGAAUAAACAAAAGAAGGUGGAGAUUAACGAGCAGACGACAGCCCUCGAUGUUGUUAAACAGUUUGACAGCAAUCCGGAACUGUCGCAGACUAUAAAAACAUCAAAACCCAGAAAGUUGGAGUUCCGGUCGAAAAAAUUCAAUUACCUGUAUGAAAUCGGCGGCAACAUAGGAUAUCGUAUCAUCGACCCCGAGGCUAAGGUGCUGGAAGUCUACAAGAUGAAUCCCAAAGCAUCUUUUGUCAUUAUGGAACACUUCGCCCGAUAAACAUCUGGCUAAAUUAAUGACUUUCGUCAUUAUGGCUAAAUUAAUGACAGAUAUUUGCUUAAAAUCUCAUGCCAAUACUUUUUACUUUUAAGAUACCUUAUACAAUUUUAUCUCUUUUAAACAUUAUAUUUUACACUUUUUAAAUUCUUUCACUAAAUGUUCCCUGCUAGGCGGGUUGUUCCCCCUGCUAAAUGUAACUCUAGGUGGCGGCUUCAAGUGUCGAGAUGGCGCAAGUUUUGAUACUUCCAAUUUAACAAAAUUCAAAAUGGUCAUCUUAAGGGUUAAAAUGUAAUUGAAUAUACAACAUAUACAACAUAUAGAACAUAUACAACAAUAUUCUACCAAAAUAUGGAAAUAAAAAUGUACAGAACUAAACUAUCGGUGUUCUGUUGA